AUAGCGAACGAUAUGGCACAUCAACUUUUGAAAGACUGUCGAAUUAAUCCCAGUGCGCCGUCGUUUCAGUUGGGUAUUGAUGAAUUUGCUGACUUAGCCACUGGUUAUGAAGAACAGUGUAGAAGGAUGCCUGGGUUGUUUCUAUAUGACUACAUCAAGCCGAAGCGAACUGUUGAGAUGCUUGCUCAGAAACCAGGCGCAUUACCUCCUGAAAAUCGUUACCAUUUGGAGAAAAUGCCAGCAAUGGGCGUACGACUGAGAGACGCAGAUCUUGCGAUCUGGGUGCCAAUACCACCACCAAUGGAGGGUGUCCCACAAGGGCUUGAAUAUCUCACUAUGGUCAAUAAAAUAAUGGUACAUCAGCUUCAGAUCGGCACUGUGCAACAGCGAGGUGCCUUUUGCGCAAAUUUGUUGGACUUGAAGGACGCGAAUGAUGCAGCAAUUCUGGAUAUCAAUGGUCUCUGUUGUUGCUUGCUGCUUGGAUGUCACGACAAGGAGUUCCCGGUGAACACACCAAAUGAUGACACGAUUGGCAGUAUCACAAAGAAAUGGAGUGGUUGCAUUUGGGAGACGUUCACAGACACCGAUGUUUUCAGUGUUACUUUCCCAACGGAUCUGGAUGUAAAAGCGAAAGCGAUCCUACUCGGAGCCCCUUCCUUAUCGUUAGUUUCUCGUAGCAAGAUCAAUUUAUAA